AACAAAUAUAUUUAUAUAUUGUGCUUCUACUGAAAACUGCAAAGUAGCAUAUCACCAGGCUACAUCUGUUGCAUCUUCUUGUCGCAACCCACGCCUCAAGAUCUGAAUCCUCUCCCUCUAAAUCUACCUCUCCUCUAAGAUCCAAUGGAUUUCAUGAAGGUUUUUGAUCAGACGGUUCGCGAAAUAAAGAGGGAGGUUAAUUUGAAGGUCUUGAAGGUUCCGGAGAUUGAACAGAAGGUAUUGGAUGCAACGGACAAUGAACCUUGGGGUCCUCAUGGCUCUGCACUAGCAGAGAUAGCGCAAGCCACUAAGAAGUUUACGGAGUGUCAGAUGGUUAUGAAUGUGUUAUGGACAAGAUUAACAGAAACCGGCAAAGACUGGCGCUAUGUCUAUAAGGCGUUAACUGUGAUCGAGUAUUUGGUGGCACAUGGAUCUGAACGCGCUGUUGAUGACAUUAUUGAGCAUACUUUUCAAAUUUCGUCAUUAUCGAGUUUCGAAUAUGUUGAGCCAAAUGGGAAGGAUUCAGGGAUUAAUGUGAGAAAGAAGGCAGAAACCAUCGUGGGUCUUUUGAAUAAUAAAGAUAAAAUACAAGAAGUUAGAAACAAAGCUGCAGCAAACCGUGACAAGUUCGUUGGACUUUCAUCUACAGGAAUAUCUUACAAGUCAAGUUCAACUUCAUACGGUAGUGGCAGCUACCAAAGUGAUGACCGCUAUGGAGGCCUUAGCAGCAAAAGAGAUGGUGAUAGGUUCAAGGAUAGCUAUAGAGACAAAGAUCAAUAUGAAGAAGAAAAGAAUGAUAAGGAUACUUAUAGUAGGACACGCCGUGGGGCUACUAGUGAGAACCAAGGAAGCACCUUGACGAAGGGUUCGAAAAAGUACGGCAGUUUAGUUCCUGCUCAAAGCUCAAGCCAGCCUAUAGGCAAUGCUGAGGAUGAUUUUGAUGACUUUGAUCCACGCGGGACUUCCACUGCAAAGCCUGCUGGAAGCUCUAAUCAGGUGGAUCUGUUUGGGGGAAGUUUGAUUGGAGACCUCAUGGAUGCUCCUACACCUGCUCCAUCCGAAAAUCCUGCUAUGCAUAGCAGUUCAUCGCAGGUUGAUCUGUUUGCUGAUGCAACUUUUGUCUCGGCACCACCUAAGGUAGAAACUAAAACAAGUUCUCAAGCUGAGGUUGAUCUGUUUGCUGAUGCAACCUUUGUAUCGGCACCACUUCAGGCUGAAACUGGAGCAAGUUCUCAAACUAAGAUCGAUGUUGAUCUUUUUGGGUCCCAACCAACCAUGUCUUCUUCAGCUUCUUCCACAGUGGACAGUUUUGCAGCCUUUGACACAGUUCCUCAGCCAGAAACCAAGUCCACUAAUGCUGCACCAACAAACUAUAACAUUGUGGAUCCCUUUGCUGCAGUUCCGCUUAACAAUUUUGAUGAUUCUGAUCCUUUUGGCGCAUUCACCUCUCAUUCUGAUUCAGCACCAUCAGAACCUCCCCAAAAUUCUGUCAAUAACAGCAGUCAAAGUCAGUUGAGUGGAAAUCUCUCAUUGGACUCACAGUCUUCAGCCAAAAAGAAUACUUUCCAAGUGAAAUCUGGAAUUUGGUCAGAUUCACUAAGCCGUGGAUUGAUCGAUCUUAAUAUAUCUGCUCCCAAAAAAGUAUCUCUGGUGGACGUCGGGGUCGUGGGUGGAUUAGGUGAUGGAUUUGAUGAAAGUAACAAAGGACCCCCAACUUCAUAUUACAUUGGAAAAGCUAUGGGUUCAGGGUCCGGACGAUCUGGGAUUUCAUCUUCUCAGGCAGCGGGAGCGGAUGAUUUUUUCUCGAGCCUCAGUGGUCAACAGUAUCAAUAUGGUGGCUUCCAAAAGUAAUUACUUAAUUUUUUAUUUCUCAUAUUGUGUCGUCAUAUUCUUUAUGCCUAUUUGGCCACUUAUAUAUAUAGAAAAACCCCAGCGUUGUGUCGUGCUUGGUUUCUCUUGUUCACAUAUGCAUUUUUAAGAUGAUUCAUAUUUGAGUAAUAUGUUAAUUCUGAGAUUUGUUUUCCAGUA